UUCUCUCGGCUAGGGACAUGCGCAGCGACCCGCGGAACGACAGGUGCGCGCCGCGCCGACGACCGCGAAUCGCUUAGUUUCGGGUAAGCGUACGAUUCGCCUCUGCCGCUCUGUCCUCGCUUCGAGACGAGCCGACCCGCCAGUCGCUCGCGACUCUGUCUUUGAUUCGGUUGUUCGCUCCCGCUAAUCUCGUCAUCAACGUUUUUCUUCUGGCUCCCCUUACGAAAUCAUCGGUAACCGGAAGAGAGAUCGUCCGUCGGUGUCGAUCGCGGAUCCUCUCACCGUGGAGAGGAUCAUCCGCUAGAUCUCAUCGGCUGUCAACGCCCUGGAACAGCGGAAGACCCAUCAGUUUAUCGAGCGCACGUGUUCUUCUCUUCGCUUUUCUUCCUAUCAGUCUUCCUUUUUACGGAGAAUCUCCCUCAUCGACAGACAAUUUCCCUGUCAGAAGUGCUGAACGUGUUUAUCCAGUUUUUUCACCUUUUUCGAACAUUCGCUCCUUAUUUUCAUUCCGAUCGCCAAUUUCGAUAAGACGCGAGUUUCUUCUUACGAUCGCCGAAUCCCGGGGUGCCGGUAAGAGUAUAUAUCUCGCUGAUCGUGCUGAUGAAACAGUGAGUUCCCGCCGAUUUCGCUGAUUCGACGGUGAUUGUGGAUUACUGUGAUUAUCUUGGUGAACGCGCACGAGUGCUUUUGAUGAAUGUGAUGCUCUAGGAAAGUUUUAGACACGUCGGCGUACCGACAUCCCAGGUGGAUCCCUCUCGAUCAUGCACCGACGACAGGAUCUCUUCCGCAUAAGUGUGGGAAUGCGAGCGGCCGCGGCGGUCGUCUUCCUGUUUCUCGGCGGAUUCGUCCUCCUACGCGGAGCCGAGGGGAGCGGCGAGCCGUGGUUGAGAAGCGAGAAGCAUGCCGAGCUCGGGACGGAGAUUUUACUGCCCUGCGUCCUGAAAUCACCGCAAUGCGAGGGUCUGCACAGCAUCAAGUGGUACCGUGGACCCACGAGGAUUUUCAUUUUCAGCGAGGACGCCGGGAUUAUACGCGGCAAUAACGACAUUGCUCUCAGAGCGGACAUAGAAUAUUCGUCGAAUUCAUCGAAAACAUAUUUAAAAAUACCUGAGGUGCAGCUGGAGGACGAGAGUCUAUACAAAUGCGAGGCUACGUACAUGGCAGUCAACCGCGAGUGCAACAACGUGCAGCACAUUAUUCUUAACGUCACAGUGCAACCAGCGUUUGUACGUGUCAUCGAUGAAAAUUCGAAGAAUACUUUGAGCACAGGCGCCACUUUAGGACCUAUAAAUGAGGGUUCGACAAUAUCACUGUACUGCGAGAGCGGAGAAGGCAAACCUGUACCUACGGUUGAGUGGUUUAAGGAUGGGGUGGAAGAGCCACUCGAAGUAACGAGCUCGUCAACUAUCACUGAUACCGGAAUUGGUACUGGCAGUAGUUUACUGGAAAUGCAAAUUACACGAGAAGAGUUAGGCGCCACAUUCACGUGUAAAGUCAACAGUAUCGCACUCGUGGAGCCGCUCACGGUUGAUAUUAAACCAGACAUACACGUACGUCCGCUGAAGAUGGACUUGGACGGAGUGGUUGGUCACGUCGUGCAGGGAACGAAGAUUUUAUUGCAAUGUACGGUACAAGCCGCACGACCCGCCGCCAAUGUGACGUGGAAGAACGGAACGCACUACGUAACCGAGAGCAAUGAGAGAUUCGAAAUGUUCGAGACAAAAAUACAGGAAAAUGAGGACGGUACAUUCGACACGAUAAGUUAUCUCGCGUUUACAGCUACGGUAUACGAUAAUAGUAAAACAUUUAAGUGCUACGCUGAGAAUUCAGUUACUCGUACCGAAGAUCUGAAGCCAAUGAAGGAAGCAACAACAAUCGAAGUAUUAUAUCCACCGAUAAUUAAAAUGAAGCCAAACAACAUAACUGUUAACGAGACAGACGACUUUUUAAUAUUCUGCGACUACGAGGCAAAUCCGGCUACGCUAAUAAAGGUGACAUGGUUGCGAGACGACGACGAAUUAGUGUUAAACGAAGAGCAUUAUGACGGUGGAAUCUCGGAACAAACGGCACUCACGGUGAAAAACGCGACUCCUAGCGACAUGGGUUCUUACAAAUGCAUCUUGGAAAACAGCGCCGGCUCAACCGUUUCCGAGGACACCGUACAGGUUUCGGUCUUUUAUAAGCCGGUGGUGGAGGUGAUAAUGGAUCCGGAUAUACCUGUGAACGAGGCGGAUCGUCAAAACGUUUCGUUAACGUGCGAGGUCGACGCCGGCAAUCCGGCGAUACUGACAGCCGUCCGUUGGUAUUUGGACGGAGAUCUAUUGAAAGAACUUCCGGACUGCUCGAGGAACAGCACUGCCAUGACAACCAGCUCCGAGGAAUCGUCGGCGUUCUGUGACAUCGACCCCAGCAAGCUGCUGCUGGAAUCUGUCGGCCGCACUUUCCACGGCAACUACUCCUGCGAGGGGAAAAACGAGGCUGGCUGGGGACCGGUCUCUCCGAGCACGCCUGUCAUAGUUUAUUAUAAGCCCGGCCCGGCGUCGAUAACGUACGAACCGCGGCAAGUGGUGAAGAAACAAGCGUUAUCCAUCACUUGCUUCGUUUUGGAUCCCGGCCGACCGAGGGUGUCGGGCUUCAAGUGGCUGCGCGGCUGGCACCGACUUCCAGACGAGAACGAAGCCAAGCUCUUCAUCGAGUCAGUUAAUUUGGAAACCGAGGCGAAUUUCACGUGUCUGGCUUACAACAAAGCCGGUGACGGAGAGCCGGCCACAACGUUUAUCGAUGUAUCUGCGGCCCCGACGUUCAUUAAGACGCUACACUCGUAUCGCGGCUACGUCUACAACUCGCCCAACGUGAGCAUCAUGUGUUGGGUCGAAUGCGCCCCGAUCUGCAAUAUUUCCUGGCUGAGGGAUGACAUUCCCAUAGACUUCUCGAAAACGAAUCGAUACUACGUGUCGAACGUUUAUCAUCCGCCCGACCCAAGGACCAACGACUUCGAGAGCAUCCAAUCGACCCUCGUAUGGAAUCUGACGGUCUGGCCGAACGGUCAGCUCGACCGUACCGAGGACAACGUCAAAUUCACCUGCAAGAGCAGCAGCAACGAGAUCGGCGCGGGCGUGGAGAGUAGUACUCACUUUCACGUCGAGUUCCCUCCAGAGGAUAUCACAAUAUCGAGGAAGAUAAUCAAUGUGACAGUGGACACGAUACCGGAGACUGUUGAGUGCAACGCGACGGCGCGACCGAAAGCAAACUUUCGAUGGUUCCGCGAAGGAUCCACUGAUACCAUUAUGGAAGGCCACGUGUUUGACUUGAAAAUGCCAGUACCACGGCGCAGUAACGGCACUUACUACUGCGAGGCGUCGAAUCGCCAUGGCUCCUUGAAUAUCUCCAUGAUCAUGAAUGUGCAAUUUAAACCGGAAUGCCACAUAGAGAAAGAACGAUUCGAGGGCAAGGAUUACGUCGUUUGUUCAGCCGUUGCCAAUCCGAAAGAGACAGAUUUCACUUGGUCAUUGAAGAACGAAAACGACACGCUGGAGCAGGUCGCGGAAAAGCGAAACGGAAGAAGUUACAUGCCCCUCGAUAUCUCAGUCACUAACUUCCGGACAUACGUGUGCGUGGCGAACAACACAAUCGGUCACUCCGUAGCGUGUGAACGCGACAUACCAGCCCACCAUGGAACUAAAAGUCAUAUACCUUGGUGGCAUCAAUUGGAGGGUAACCUGCUACUGAUUAUUAUCGUAGUGACGGUGAUCAUGAUACUAGUCCUAAUACUAAUCGGCGUGACCAUUUACAUCGUGUGCCGACGGAAACGCAGCGAAAUGAAAUACAGUACUCGGGUGGUCCAUCUGGAGGAACGCGAACACCCAGACGGUGGACCGCCCAGUCCGACGGUAUCCUCGCACUCGGUGCAAAGCCCGGCGCAGCCGACGCCGGCGCCCGCGCCGCGAUGGCCCUUGAAGCCGGGCGUGCUGGUGCACAUCAAUCGAACUCACAGCCUGCGAUCCGGCCUGAGCGUUCGCGCGAACGAGGCUAAUCUACGUAACGAGCUAGUGGGCAAACAUAACGACGAGCCGCUCAGGCAGAGCUUCCUCGACGAGACGUCGUUGUCGUCGUCGAUCGGUCGUAAUCCGGCGCGGGCGGUAUUCCGCCGCGGCAGGAAAGAUCAAACCGCCCAGAGGACAGCCAGCAUGACCAGUCUGAACGAGGACGGUAUGCUCGCCCGGGCUAACAAGAUAAAAGCUAUGUUUGGCGUACAGCUCAAAGAGCAGGCCACCCUGCCCGGUAUAUCCAGAGAAAAGACAGCUGUGACUUACAAGAGAAUUGUGCCGCGGCAGCGGAUAUUGCACGGCGUGGAACCAUCCUACGAGCCAAAUCGUGGCAACGUGUCUCGUAAGCGAAAGAAACCCGGAGCAGAUCCCAAUCAAGCCGCGAAUAACAAUCAUGUGAACAGCGUGUCGGAAGUUCUUCCCGACUCCGGAACAAAGACGUUCUACGAAAAUUUACCUUUCCACGGGAUCCAAGCGCCACCUAACAAGCCCUUCAAACCGGAAUUCUCGGAUCUCGAUUAUGCGGACGUGGACUACAAGUCGUACGGGCCGAUUAACUAUAAAGCCGCCAGUAUCGCGCUCCUUCAGAAGCAGCAGCAGCAGCAGCAGCAACAACAACAACAACAACAGGCUCAACAACAGCAGCGACUUUUGGACAGGAGGCCGCAGAUGUACGGUGCUUCGGACGAUAACGAGGAACUGCUUUAACCCUUUCCCAUUCAUUGUUCAUUUAAUAGCGAUCCUAUUUCAGCUUUCUCGGGGAGAUGCAAUGAUAAGAUACAUUUAGCAUUGAACGUGUUAUAUCUCGAUAGGUAAUUCGUUAAAACUCGCUAAAUUCGAUUUCUAUGAGACCACACGUUGCCAUAAUAAAUUUCUAGGAUUAUGAUUCUCAUGUGGAGCGAAUUUAACGAGUUACGACACGGCGCCGCGUAAUACGUUUUGUUCGUACGAGCGUAAUUUGGCACGCGCAUAAAAAAAAAUUUAUCUCGCUAAAAAUUAAUUAUCCGCCGAAUGCUUCUGUUUCAAAAGUUCUAAAAAGUUUUAAAUAAAACGCUUGUCUUGGUGUCGUCCAGCUACUACGAUCGAAGAUCUUGUCAGAAACAUUGCACGAAGGAAAAAUAAUGCUCAUAUUUUAUUUACCUCAAAAUCCAAUUUUUACCACUUAUGGUCCCAUCACGUGUCUUUGCAUAAUUGAAACAAACGUAAUAGGAUUUGCUCGAUAUUCAAAAAGCUAUAUAUAUCCUUCGCAUUACAGGUAGCCGAAAUACACAAUCGCAUAUCUGCAAAUACAUUUACGUAAUGUUCGGUUGCUUUAAGGGAAUAUCCAGGACUGUCUGUUCAGAUAAAUGUACGUUUAAUAUAUUCUCUUUCUAUGUAAUGCGAUUAUUUAUGUUAUUACGCUGCUUCCAAUAUUCCGUAUCAUUUCACAUGCCAUAUUUCAUAUGCCUGCACUAUAUUACAAAAUUAGACCUUCUCAGAUGGGAUUAGAACUUUGGUUACACAUUAAAAUGUAAAUGUUUGAGGAAAAAGGUCGGAAACUCGUUCUUAUUCACUCGCACCGGACACACGACGAUGUACGAACUUGGUAGGACACAUGUGGCAAAAUUUUAAAAAAAUUUUUGGAGAUCUGUAAAUUUAUAAAUACCUUUAUACGAGAUUAUUGAUACAAUUGUACAUUUACAUAAGCUAUCGGCAUGUGUUCCGGGAUCAAAUUAUGGAGAUAAUGCGCGAACCGUGGCGAUAGAAAAGGAGAUCUUGUUAAAUAUUGAAUUAAGAAAAGAAGAAAAACAUAUCGCAGCCAAAAAUAUAAUUCCCAUCUCUCUGUUCCGUAUUAUUGUUAUACAAUUAUUGAUAAGCGGCGGUAGAAUAUAUAAUUCUGUUGAUGCAUAUUAUUCUCGAAUAUCUUCGUAUAAUGCGUUUGUAAAUUUGUAAGUUACAAGAAUGAUGAGUAGUUAUUUGUACAGAUCGACUAUAAACCAAAUAUCACCGCUUAAUCGCGGAUCACACACAGUCCAGUGUUUAUGUCAUCAAGGAUCUUCUUGUAAAUAACGUAUCCUUAUAAUCGUUAAUUAAUAUUAUCGUCAAUCGUGAAUGAUUAGCUAUGAUAAUACGUUUCACCGAGUAUUGGUUUAAAAAACCAACUCUGCGAUCGUUUGUAAAAUUGUGUUCACUUACCUCUUGCCGUGAGAGCAUAAAUUACGCGAAAAAUAUAUAUUAAACGCAUGUUCGAUGUCGCUAUAAUAAAAUCACAGUCUGAUGACAGACUCGGUCGCGCCUACGAUUUUAAUGGUGAUUUAUACUGUUUACUACAACGUAAAUGUUAAAUACAACCAAAUAGAACAAGGCUUCUGUAUGCAUGGUGAUACGUCUUAUCGUAUCUUUUUAUUCGUCAACAUCCCUCCACGGUCCAUUGCAAAUCGCUUUUCUUUUACCGCACGCGUGUUCCGAUCGAUUCAAUCGCGUCGCUUUGCGUUCAAAUCACGAUUCGCUCUAUUCAUCGAUAUACAUGCCGGGUGCCAUUGAUUCCUCUGGAAAUUUUAAUACUUUCUUUCGUUUAUGUAAAGUCGAUUUUACUGCGGCGGAAAUUCAAUUGAUCAUCAAUCUCUUUUUUUAUAUCUCUUUGAUAUUGAAUAUUAAAUCUUUGCAAAGUUUCAAAUUAGACUUCUAUUAAAGUACAAUUCGAUUGGAAUUAAGUUAUAUCAACAAAAUUUUCGUAUUUUUAUCAAGAUUUGUAACCAUCUAUAUAGAGAGAAUUGUGAAGAAAAUUUAUCAAAUUUUUGCUGUGAAAAGAUCAAUUUCUUUAUCAAAGAAUCUAUACGAUAAAGCUCUCUUGAGUGAUAAAUCUCGGCGUUUCUAUAUAUCGCAUAUGUUUCUACAGAAUAUACCAUUUAUAACUGAAUAACUUCAAGCUUUUUGAACAAGAUAUAUACAAAGUAUAAUUUUCCUCUUUAAAACAGGUACGAAAAUGUGUUCACAACGUGAGAUUUACCUUUUUUCUAGAGUAGAAUGGAGGUAAAUAAGGGAAAAACUGCACUUUUACAGUUUCAUUGUUCUUGAAAGAAUUACAUUCAAAAAUAUAAUUCAAUCCUGAAAAUGUGAAAUAUUUUGCAGCAAUGUGAGGAGAACGGGCGAAGCGUAUCAUCACUGGAGAAACAUAGAUUGACUUUUUGAAAUUGGAUAAAAAUUAAAUAAAUGGAAUGACGGGACAUGAAAA